CCUCCCCAGUUUUCAAUACCGCGCGAAAGUGAACGGAACGCUACCGUGCGCUUCAACAUUUCGAAAAAGCUGAACAAAUAUGCAUUCGAACGAACCUUGCCCGUGACGUCGUGGGCGGCAAUACUCCUCGAGCUCCCUUAAAACAGCCGCGUCUUCGUGAAACCCCCAACAGUAUUGACCAAGUCGGCCAAGUGCUAACUACCCAGCCGGCUAUUAGAGUUAUUGUUACCGUUGGCAACUGCCACAGCAAAGUUAUUUGCCCCUUACCGGAUAUAAUUUGCAAUUACACACCCGCCUGAAGAUAAAAAUAAAAAGUGAAAUAUUUACAAAACAACAGCCUUCGAGAUGCCCGAUGUAAAGUUCUUCUCCAUCCUGCCCACCAAUGCCAAUCCAUCGGAUCGAGUAACUAGGGUGUCCAUCAGCGCAAACCUCCUCCAGGAUGCCCAGCAAUACUCGGUGAACUUCGUCAACAGUACGGACUGCACGGACAACAUCACAUAUCACUUCAAGGUGAUCAUCGCCACGCAGACGAUCAUCGAGAACUACAAGCGGAACGGCGAGUGGAGCAGUCUGCAGAAGGACACCGAGCUGAACAUCUUCGACGACUCCUCGUUUUGCCUCGAGUUCGUCUUCGACUACGCGAACUCCAUGAUGCACGUGUACCAGGGCAGGGAUUCGGGCCACAAUUUCAUAACCAAGUACGAGACCCUCUUCUCCCUCUCCGACAUCCAGGCGGUGCAGGUGUGGGGCGAUGUGCAGAAGGUCAGCCAGUUUGCCCUGAGCUACAACUGAUAGGGAGGGAGCCCCAACCACAGCCGCCAGAUCCCCCAGGUAGCUGGUCAUAUGCUCCUAUUUAAUGCAUUCUACAAUCGCUUGGGCUGAAGUUCGGUUGCGGGACACCCCUAGUCCUAACAUUGCACGCCCUUAAGAACCCCUCACCUGUAGUUCAGUUGAAGUAGUUUUCUGGAUUUUGCACCCCAUCUCCAUUAUCUGCUGCAGUAUCGCAGUAUCCACACGCUUUCUCCCUUUCUUCGUUAAUUUAUUCGUUGGUUUUGUUUAAGAUCGAGUUUUGGAUUGUUGAUCCUGGCUUUUCCUUUCAAAAUGAUCCUGUUUAAACAGUAUUAAAACAUAAUAUAUUUUAGAGGGUAUUUUACAUUUAACUAAUUCCCCACUUACUCUGCUGAUUUUAUUAAUUUACAACUUUAGAAAACUACUCUAAAUUGCCUCAGCCGCAUUUAGAUCACUUUAAAGUCAUCAAACUUGCACUAAUUAGCGAACUUAAUUUUACUUGUUUACUACUCCCAUAAUACUCUAAAUUUUAUUUGUCACAUAUUUAUAGUUCCCAAGCACUUUUUUCCUCUUGCUCUUAUCGGUAGUCCAUAAAUCUCACCUGGCCUUUUUUAAGAAAGUCUCAUGUGACGUAGAACUGUGCUGUUGCUUAUAGCCAUUUAUCGCAGUUGCUGUUUAUUGCCACGUUUUCUUGUUGAUAUCAAUCGUUUAUUGUUGGGCCAAGGAGUUGGUUAUAUGCCUUGAAUAUAUGUAUGUGCUUGCUGAAGUCUUCCAUUUAGAUUUUGAACCUUAUUGUAAGCUUUCCAUGUAAUACCCACCCAUACCACGCCAAAAGUAUUAAACAUCUCCUUGACAUUUCCUUAAUUAAAUGCGUAAACACAAAAAUUCA